UGGUUGCUGGAGAUGAAACUUGUUGAAUCUGCGCACGGGGGACAUGUUGAAUCUGGGGAAUGAUUCGGAUUGGACCGAAGACGGAAAUUAUCUAUGUUUCAUUCAAUAUGUCUGAACUAGAGCGAUAAAUUAUGUUAAGUUUGUCUUUGUUAAUCAGUAUUCUAUGGUAAAAGAAGACAUGCGUUGCGCCACCUUUUUAAUCUAAACUCCCUCUCUCAGUUGCUCAGUUGGGAGUAAAUUGAAUUGCUGAAUCAUUCGAAAUUCGGCAGUCGUCUAAUCAGACAGAAUUUCAAGUGAAAGUGGAGUGCGUGAAGAACGACGAUCCUUUAAGAUCUCCAUCCACUUUAGAUAAUUUUUAACAGCUUUAUAGGUACGUAAAAAGCAUUUCAAAGAAAACUGUAUAGAAUUUGUCACAGCUUAUUGAAAGGAAACAACUGGAGAAACAUUGUCGGCCAUUUUGAAAAAGCCAAGAUUCAAAGAAGCUGCAAUGCCCAGAAAAGAUCCAUGGAGUUAAAAAAGGCAAAAGAAGACAAAGUAAAAGAGACAUAUUCACUACAAGAACUUUGCCAAACGCCUGAUACACCUACAGAGCUGCCUACAUCCAUAGAACUUGUCUCGAAGAUGGAUGCAAACAAGCCAUUGAGAAAUGAGGAUUUAAUUUAUCCAGAUAUACAACCACACUCUACCAUCCUUUUUCAAACCGAGGGAAUGCUGGUCGAUAACGAAAAAGAAGAUCUAAUGUCAGAAAUUCCAAGUGAAACUUUCAAGCGUCGUGCUGAAGAAGAAUUAAUGUCCACAAAGCCUAAAAAGAUUAAAGGAAGUGAUUCGCUUAAAUUAAUGAAGCCAGCAAUAUCUGAUGAUGUUAUUAUGACAGAAAGCCCUAAAAUGCAAAAUGAAUCCGUCGAUUUGAUUGAUAAUUCUCAUUCAAUCUUAAAGUUACCAUGCUCUUCAACUACCUCUAAUUGCCUAGGGAACAGAUUACCUGACAGACCAAACACUAUUAGCAUUGAAACCAACAGCAUUGUUGAUGUUGUUGAUAUGAAAAGCAUUAAUUGGCAUGCUAUUCAAGCAAAAAAUAAGCAAACCAACAGCAUUGCUGAUGUUGUUGAUACGACAAGCAUUAAUUGCCAUACUAUUCAAACAAAAACUGUGCAAAACAAAACCUGUGAAAAUAACAGUGAUGCCAAUGCCAGUCAGUCUUACAUUGAUAUUUGUAAAAGUAUCGAUCCUCCCAUGGAAAACCAUUCUCCUAUUGAAAUGAAGAUUGAAAAGAGAAUUUUGAAUAAAAUAAAUGAUGAAGAUCGAUAUUGUGUUGUCCAUCCCUUGGAUAAUGAUGUUCAUAUAAAAGUAGAGCAGGGCAAGUUGAAUGAAAAUAAUACUGAAGUCAUUAUAAUACCAUCUCAUGUUGUUGUCAGUCGGCACCCAGACAUCACGUCUUAUAAUUCUCGUUUACGUUGUGAACUGGAUAGACAAAAUGAUGACAACAGAGGAAGCAUUGGCCAAAUUUGUAUUUCUAAUGUUGUUUCAGGUUAUAACGCAAAAAACAUGUCAGAUGUUAUGAAUGCCAUUAAUGAUAUGUUGAAUUCUGUUUGUAUGAAAAUGAAUCAAAAUGAAAAUAACGUACUCAGUGACAACUAUGCAACAGUUCCAAAUUUUUCUUUUGAUGUUAAUCCGAUAAAUAUGAAUUAUGAUGAUCAUUCAUCAAAAAAUGCCCAAAAUGAUCCUAAUGAAAACUGGGAAUUUAAUUAUAGUUAUAUGGCAAUUCCAAGCUCAUCCUCAGUUUCUUAUACUGAAAUUAUUUCUCAAAUAAAACAUUUGUUGGAUGUUAUUAAUGAACAACAGACAAAAGAAGCGGUUAAAGAUAUGGCAGAAAAUUGUCCAGUUAGCAAUGAAGAAGCACAAAAAAAUGAGGUUUCUGACGAAAAUGAGUCAAACAUCGAUUCAUCCGCAAAUGAUUUAAAACUUGGUACCCUAGUAAAGAUUGAAACAGAAACUAUGGAAUGUCAGGAAAAUGCCUGUAAUGAUGUGCAAAGUAAUGAAGACGUAUCACAGAAAAGUACUAACUCUAAUAUUGAAACCCUUGGCUUUGUAUCAUCUGAAACGACACUUGCAAAUGCACCUAUUCUGAUAAGUAUUCCUUUUUUCUCUGGUGAUGAUUUCUUUGGUGGUCCAUCGAUUUUGUGUGAGCCAAUAUUUUAUUCUCCAGCACUUCAAUAUUUUAAUCGUAAUACAAAAGAUGACAUAUUUGAACUACCACAUACAAUAUCUGCUCGCUUUUCUAUUAAAUCUGAGGAAGAAAACCUAGGUGACGAAAUGCAACAGAAUGAUUCUCCAAAUUUGCGUUUUGAAUCCUGUUCGGAGGUUAGUGAAUCAUCCUCGAUGAGUGUCACUACUUCUCAGACUGAAGACUCUGAGACAGAUAAUUGUCCAUCUACCAUUUGUCUAUUGCCAUCAGAUGACAAUAAUAGAAGUGAAACUUCUAACGAUCUGUCGAUAGAGUCAAAGGAAAAUCCGAAUGAAGAAUUGUUCUCAAAAGAAUUUCUUCGCCAAAUACUUAAUAAUGCCAAGGCUGCAGCAAAUUCUAAUAUUAUCGCAAAUAUUAAUGCCUCAUCAAAUCCACCAGUUGAUUCAAUGGUUGAGUCAAACAUAAUUAUCGAAGAAAAUGUUUCUGGAAACCCUCGUGAAAUAAAUUUACCUCAGAAUAAUUCGAAUGAAAAUAUGAAUUUCAUUACAGAUACAAAUGAGAAAUCGAAGGCCACCAUAAAACAUUCAGAAAUUUCGCUACAAAAUUUACCAGUGCCCGGUGAAAAUGUUUCGAAACAGACACAAGAAGGUACUUUUAAGCUACCCACAAAGCACUGCGAUACUUGUGAAGCUCCUCGAAAAUAGAUAUAAAUAUCUGAAGGUAAUUUAUUAUCUAAGAGUUCUAAAACUAAAAAUUAAUUUAUGCAAGAAAAUGGAUACACGCACAAUGCAGAACACAUUAUAAGCCGGAUUAUCAUCUCGGUUAAUAACUUACUUCAGAUUUUCAAUCAAUGUACCAGUAUCUUCAACUGUUCUUUCUUUCUUUUCUUUUCCUUUUUUAAAAAUAAUUUUAAACAAAACAGGAACUUUUUUAGAAGUCGCUAGAAUUAUAAUCUACAUAUUUGUAUUGAGACGUCUUUACAGAAUGUGAGUAAACUCCGCAUUUUCAAUACUGAAUACUAGUGAAAUUCUACUUUGGCUAAUUAUAAUUCUUCUACAUAACGUAGAGACUGUAACUGUGAAAGAUUAUCCGUUGCUACUAGAUAGAAAAGUAGCUAGAAGAUAGAUUAGUAACUAGAUAGAAAGAUUAAAAUAAAUUAAAAUGAGGGAAAAUCAGACAAAAUAUUGAGACACUUCAAUAAAGUCUUAUAAUAUCCUGUAGCAAUUUCCUCUUCCUCCAAAGAAGAUUAAAAGAUUUUGUGAUAUUUUAAUAUCCAGAAGUUCUGGAGAUAAAAAUUAAUUUAUACAAGAAAACGGAUACAUGCACAAUGCAGAAUACAUUAUCUGCCGCAUUAUUAUCUGGGUAAAUAGCUUACUUCAGAUUUUCAGCCAAUGUGCCAGUAUCCUCAACUGUUUUAUUAAAAAAUAAUUUUAAACAAGAGAGGAACUAUUUUAGAAGCCGCUAGAAUCAUAAUCGACAUAUUCGUGCUGACUCGUCUUUAUAGAAUGUUAGUAAACCCCACAUCCUCAAUGUUCAAUGCUAGAGAAAUUCUAGUUUGGCUAGCUAUAAUUCUUCUACAUAACAUGGAGACUUCAGAUUUCAGAGACUGAGUCGUCUUUACAGAAUAUUAGUAAACUCCACAUGCUCAAUGCUAGGGAAAUUCUAGUUUGGCUAGUUAUAAUUCUUCUACAUAACAUGGAGACUUCAGAUUUCAGAGACUGAGUCGUCUUUACAGAAUGUUAGUAAACUCCACAUCCUCAAUGCUCAAUGCUAGGAAAAUUCUAAUUUGGCUAGUAAUAAUUCUUCUACAUAACAAGGAGAUUUCAGAGACUGAGUCGUCUUUACAGAAUGUUAGUAAACUCGACAUCUUCAAUGCUGAAUGCUAGAGAAAUUCUAGUUUGGCUUGUUAUAAUUCUUCUACAUAACAUGGUGACUAUAACUGUGAAAGAUUAUUUAUUACUACUAGAUAGAAAAGUUGAUGUUAAAAUAAAUUAAAAUGAGAGAAAAUCUCACAAAAUAUUGAGACACUUCAACUAAGUUUUGUAAUAUCCUGUAGCAAUUCCCUCCUCCUCCGAAGAAGAUUAAAAGAUCUGAAUAUUUUUAUAUCCAAAAGUUCUGGAGAUAAAAAUUAAUUUAUGCAAGAAAAUGGAUAUACGCACAAUGCAGAACACAUUGUCCAUCGGAUUAUCAUCGCGGUAAAUAACUUACUUCAGAUUUGCAACCAAGUAUCUGAACUGUUCUUUCUUCUUUUCUUUUUUAAAAAUAAUUUUAAACAAAAGCGGAACUUUUUUAGAAGUCGCUAGAAUUAUAAUCUACAUUUUUGUGCUGACUCGUCUUAACAGAAUGUUUGUAAACUCGACAUCUUCAAUGCUCAAUGCUAGAGAAAUUCUAGUUUGGCUAGUUAUAAUUCUUCUACAUAACAUGGUGACUAUAACUGUGAAAGAUUAUCUAUUACUACUAGAUAGAAAAGUUGAUGUUAAAAUAAAUUAAAAUGAGAGAAAAUCUGAAAAAAUAUUGAGACACUUCAACAUAGUCUUAUAAUAUCUUGUAGCAAUGUUUGUAGAAUUAAAAAGAGACAACUAAUAAAUGUUUGAAUAAUGUUAGUUCUGAGUAUUUGUUAAAGCAAUUUGUCAAGGAGCUUAAAUAGCAAAAUAAUAAUUAAUAUUCAGCAGAUAAUUCAUUUUUUAAAUGUGAAUCAUCUGCUUCAUAUUACAUAUAUUUUUGCCAUUUAAAUCUCAGUGCGUAUAUAAGUAUUUGUUGAAAAGAGUAGCAUUCAGAAAAUUCUUCAUGUUUUUUCCUUUUAAAAACAAAGCAGAGAACAUGGUAGCUAUGAUGAAUAAUUAAUUGAUCAAAAGAAUUUUAAAACAAAACAAAUUGCUGCUUUUAUGGAUUUAAUUCGAUAAUAUAUCAGU